UCAGAAGUCGAUAAGGCGCUGUCGCCUUUCGUCAAUUCCAGGGAAGAAACGUUAAAAGUCCGAAGGGUCCUCUCAAGAUACAUGGCCACUUCGCUGGGCCAGUUCAACUCUAGCACGAGCACAGGAUAUCCGCAUUUGAGCUUUGAGUGCCCUUUUGAUUCUUCCAAGGUCGUACCUAAGCUCUCGGAUUCAAGGCAAAUCAGAUUCCAAUACAUCAACGCCCUCCAAGCACGAUCAAGAGCCCAUGCCCGCCAUCACGAACUCAAGUCUCUGCUUGAUGAUCUUCGCAACGGUCAUUUCAUUGAACUACCUAGCCAGACUCGUGCUCAGUACGAUAGCGACGUCACGCGAGGCUAUGUGUGCCUUCUUCGACAACGAAGCCGUUUCUCCUCGCUCCAGGUCGUCCAGGCUUCUCUUGAAAAGCUUCUCAAUGUUAAUCCCGCAAGUACUCCAAAUGACCCUAGAUCUCUCGUGAGAGACGCUGUAGGAGAGCAGCCAGGUCUUCCCUUGCAACCAUUAGAACUUCUCACACGCUACUCUGAUGUCGAAGACUGGGUCUUCAAAUUAAAAAAGCAAGUUCUGGAAUCGAAGGCGGCCAUGAAUGGCGCCAACUCAGCCCGAGCGGAAGCAAAGAUAAACCCACAAGCGGUUCUAAAUUUGAAACAACAAGUCUAUGCGCUUGGUUGUGCGAGAGACGAGAUAGUGGCGUGGGUGCAAGAUGAAUUAGCUAAGUUUCCAGAGGAGUCCGAAUUUCUUGAAAACGCAUCUCCACUUAAGCAAAGCGGAGACCAAAGCGCUGCACUUGACACGGCUUUGUCCGAAUCUCAUUUCAGAGAGGUGUACAAUCGGUACACAACAUCCCGCGCAAGUUUACUCGAAGCCCUCGAUUCCAUCAACAGGCCGGCGAGAGUAUGCCAGGCUUGGCCAGACAGGAUAAAUGCGCAUACUCAGGGAGAGAGCCAAUCAUUCAACCACUCAAACCCGCCUACCACCAUCACAAACGUGCUUCCACAGCUUCAAUCUCUUGCUACGAGUUUGCGGGAAGAGCGGGCUCUACUUCUACAAGCCGUUUAUCUACAGGUCCAGUUUUCUCUCGCGGCAGAAAAGGCCAAUGAUUCUCUUUCCCGCCUUUCGGAAGAAAGUCACCUCCUUCCAUCGGGCUCUAAAGAACUAGCAGCCUGGGCGCAGACUGUAGCGCAGGCAGAAUCAGCCACCGGGCAUUUUGUUACUGCAUGGCUAGAAGAUAUUCUUCAAGAAGUGAACAGCAUAUCAACAAUUGGUGACCUCUCGUCUCUACAAGAUCAGGUGUUAGCCCACGCGUAGGAGCAUUUGUGUGCACCACAUCCGCAACCAAUACGGAACAUUAACAGGAAGCUCUGAUUAGGUGCAUGUCUUGCUGGAAUUAGAGGGGGCAUUGAUAAACUUCAAAUUUGUAUCCCAAGUCAAUCCAUGGGGUUUUGUCUUACACAUCAACAUACAAUACAUUACUAUCUGUUGUUGAUGUUGAACCUGAUGAUUCUAGAGAGACC